AUGACGCAAUUUGCAGUCCCGGUCGGCGCAGUUAUCGCCAUGGUCAUUGGGAUAAUUCUGUUCAUCCUGUUGUUACUGUUUUGCAUUUGCAAACGUUGCGUGUUCAAACGACGGAAAAAGGAUCGAAGCGCGAAGAAAAGCAAACAGGACAUGCGAAACGUGCAACUGCUUGGGAAAGGAUUGGCCAAGGACAAGGGUGAUUUGGAGGAACUGGAGGCACAUAUGGAAGACAACGAGGGGGUGCAGGAAAAAGAACAUGUGUAUCUGGGUAAACUGCAAUAUUCAAUCGAUUAUGACUUCAGCCAAGGAGAGCUCACAGUUGGUGUGAUACAAGCCACCGAUUUACCCGGAAUGGAUAUGUCUGGCACGUCGGAUCCGUAUGUGAAAGUGUUCCUGCUUCCGGAGAAGAAGAAGAAGUUUGAGACGAAGGUGCACCGCAAAACGCUCAGUCCAGUGUUUAAUGAGACUUUUGUUUUCAAAGUCCCAUAUGCUGAGGUUGCUGGUAAGACAUUGGUGUUCAAUGUUUUCGACUUCGAUCGCUUCUCCAAGCACGAUCAAAUCGGACAAAUUCAAGUUCCAUUGGGCUCAGUCGAUUUGGCCCGGGUGAUUGAGGAAUGGAAAGACCUGAAUCCGCCAGAUGAUGACGAGAAGGAAAAUCGGUUGGGUGACAUCUGUUUCUCUUUGCGCUACGUCCCCACCGCUGGAAAGUUGACGAUCAACAUUUUGGAAGCAAAGAAUCUGAAGAAAAUGGAUGUCGGUGGUUUAUCGGAUCCAUACGUGAAACUUUCCUUGAUGCUUGGUGGAAAACGGAUUAAGAAGAAGAAAACAACUAUCAAGAAGUGCACCUUGAAUCCUUAUUACAAUGAGUCAUUUGCUUUCGAGGUGCCAUUCGAACAAAUUCAAAAAGUGUCACUCAUAGUGACCGUAGUUGAUUAUGAUCGUAUCGGCACUUCGGAAGCUAUUGGUCGCGUCUGUCUGGGCUGCAAUGAGACCGGCGCUGGACUUCGUCAUUGGUCGGACAUGUUGGCCAAUCCACGUCGUCCAAUCGCCCAGUGGCACACGUUGCAACCGAUGCCGGAAAAAUGA